AAUAAGAUUUUUUUGACAGAACAGUAGAAAAAAGUUACAAAAAUGCUUGAAAACAGUAGAACUACCUACUAACCAAAUAGAUAAACAAACAACUUCUCGCCUUAAUGCGACUCUAGCGCCAGCUAUCGGCUACCUGACACAUUAAUUAAAGCAUAGCUCAAGGACCGAUCGACUCUGCUUAAACGCUCGGCCAUCUUACGUUUAAUAAUUGUAUCAAUAAUUAAAAUAAAAAAUACCGGAAUAAAUAAUUAUUUUAAUUUAAUUGAAAUCAAUUAAUAUUCUCUAAAAGUUUAGUUUAAAAAAAAUUUCAUAAAAUUUAAAUAACACAGUUGUAUUUCAAUCGCCAGAGGGGGUAAAAUGUCGAUUGUAGAAGGAGUAUGAAUGUUGUUUGGUUCAAUUUUCUGAUUUAGAGAAAUUAGAUAACGGAAUGGAUAACACACCUACAAGUCCUAGCAAUGGUAAAAGUAAAGUUACUCCCAUUUUGGAGAGAAUAUCGCCUAGAACAAUUCCAGGAGCGUUGACUAAUUACAAUAAAGGGGCCAUUGACUGGGGUUGGCAGUCUUUUGUUGCUUAUGGAUGUCAUCGACACGUCAUCAUCAUUGACACAAGAUAUUUGAAAAUAUUCCAAACUUUAGUAAAACAUAAAAGUGAUGUUGUCAAGGUCAAAUGGUCAAAGGAGUGCCAUUAUCAUGAUUCUUUCAAUCCGUAUAAUAUUACAUUAGCUUCGGCAGAUAAUGGAGGCUCAAUAAUCAUCUGGGAUGUCAAACAGGGUGUAGAAAAAUCCAUUUUAAGUGAUGGAAAUAAGACUGUUGCAGAUAUGGAAUGGGUAACAGGAUCCGAUUGCUGUCAUCAUUUACUUGUGGCACUUCACCCUCCAUAUUCCAUUAUCUUGUGGAAUACAGAAACUGGAAGUAAAAUGUGGAAGAAGCUGUAUACAGAAGUAUUACAAUCAUUUGCUUUUGAUCCUUUCAGUGAAAAUAAUUUGGCAUUUUUAGCAUCAGAUUGCAUUCUCUUUGUGGAUGAUUUUAAUUUGAUUAAAGUACCUUCUAGCAAUGGAAGAAAAUUUUUUGUAUCGAAUCCUUCUUCGGUCUUAGGCAGUCAGCAAUCUCUGAAUACAAUUCCUUCUGGACAUCAGUCUAGUAUGGAAGAUAAAUCAAAAUCUGUGUCUAGAAGUAUUCUUCCACGAAGAAUGAGAUUUCUGAUAAGGGCAGAAACCAGAAACAGUUUAGAUGAAGGGGUGACUUUAAAUGAAUGUCUUCAAUUAAUUUAUCAUAGAUCAUAUCGACAUCAUCUGUUGUUGUUAUAUCCACGUGAAAUUCUUAUUCUUGAUUUGGAAAUUAAUCAGACAGUUGGUAUUGUUGCUGUAGAUUGGUCUUCGCCAAUGACGCAGCUGUAUUCUUGUGCCCAGAGAGAUGUUUUAUUUUCUCUUCAUGAAACAGGGAGCAUUGGAGUCAGAGUAAGACAUCGAGGCAAUUUGGCAUCUAACAGUCCUGAUGCUGGUGAUAGUUCUUCGAUAUGUUCUAAUGAAAUGUAUUUGGAAGUGAGUUAUGAUACCCGAUGUCAGUCGGAUCCUCUGCGACUCACAAAACAUGCCAGAAUCGUAGGAAUGAGUGUUUGUCCAGUGACGGAAUGUCGAGUGGCACUCCUGGUCAGUGACGGCCGAAUUGUUCUGUUGGAGUUGCAUGCCAUAAAGCAUCCAGUAGGAAACAACUGUGGGAUUCCGUUAUCUCCACUAUAUACGCCAGGAUUAAGUGAAUCGUUAGAAACAUUUGAAUUGCCCUCUUGUGAAAGUAUCGAUAAUAUAACUUCCAUUCCAUUACCUACUAAAACACCUUAUCCACGGAUGACAUUAGCAGAUAAAAUUGGUUCUGCCAAUUCUCCGGUGGAAAAUUCUAAAAAGAAUUGUUCGUCUGGAGUAACAUUAAAGAUGUUACUGACUGGUAUGUUUGGUGGAUUGGCACCUGUGCCGCACGUCAUUCGUAUGUGUCCUCCUGUUACAUUUCGAAAUUGGGCAGCUUACCAUCCUUUACUAGCAGUUGGAAAUUCAAAUGGCAGUGUUCAAGUAUUUAAUAUGGCUACAGGUAUGACUGAAAGGGAAUUCAGUUUACAUACUGCUCCUGUAAGGGGUAUCGAAUGGAUUAGUCUAACAUCAUUUCUGUCUUAUGCUCAUCCUAACUUGUGCAAUAACAUCGGACAAGUUCGGAAUGAAUUAGUAUUCACAGACUUUCUUUCUGGGAGGACGCUUUCUCUUCGUUCAGACAGAAAUGAAGAAUCUCCAAUAGAGAUGUUAAGAGUGUCGUAUCUCAGACAGUAUUUUAUUGUGGUAUUUAAAGAAGAACCAUUUGAAUUAUGGGAUGUACAUACUUUAACUCUGUUACGUACAAUGCCAAAAAAUUUUCCCAUAAUUACUGCACUGUCGUGGUCUCCUUUGCACAAAAAACCAGAUAAAGGAAAAGAAGUGGAAACCACCGAUUCGAUUUCUUCUUUACCAGAUAUGCCACAAUCUCCAAAAUCAAACUUGCCUGUUAAAGAACACAUCGUUUUUACCGACACUAAUGGUCAGUUGUAUCAUUUUACCAUCGAGGGAAAUGUCGUCAGAGAUGGAUCGAGAAUUCCUCCUGAUGCUGGUAUGGGGAGUAUCACUGCCAUUGUGUGGAAAGCAGAUAAAAUAGUAUUAAGUGACGUCGAUGGUAACUUGAAUCUAUGGGAUAUAAAAUGUAAGAUAUCUAGUCGAAUUCCCACACACAGAGGUUGGAUUAAAAAAAUUCAGUUUGGUCCUGGAAGAGGUAACAUGAAGAUAUUACUCUUAUAUAAUGAUGGCGUCGAUUUGUGGAACGUAGACGAUGCUACUUUAAUAAGCCAAAUAAAAUGCCCGCACGACAUGCCGAGAAUUCAAGACAUUGACUGGGCGAGUUCCGAUCGUCCCAUUCUGGCAACUUCUGACGGAUGCAUUGUUGUGACUGACAUCAAUUUAAAACAGGUCACUUCAGCAAUAAUUGAUUAUCAUCCAACUGAUUUCCCAUUCUGUCCGCAAAUCUUAUCGACUAAGGCAGCUCUCAAUCUGAAAUGCAUGCUGCAGCACCAACCGUGGAAACAGUUUUAUAGCUUAAAAUUUAAUACAAGCGACGGAUUUAAUAAUGACGAUUUGUUUCUCCUGGAGAAAUUAAUGGAAUCUGUCGAUGACGAAGUAAAGAAUUACCUCCAGGACUGUCAGUUCGGAGUUGCCGAACGAUGCCUUCAUGUCGCAAGGCUUUUUGGAGAUGAGGACGGAUGUAAAUUUUGGUCUGUUACACUUCAUUAUUUAAAAAGUAAAACAUUUAAGAAUGCAGAGGAGAAAUCUCUGACAGAGGAUAAAGAUGGAAAUUUGAUAGUGGGAUCAUUUACUGAUCAACCACUUGAUACCAGCUAUGAUAUUCUGUGCGACAAUCAAAGCUUUAGGAAAUUACAAUUAGAUAGAGUGUUAUUGCACGACGUGAAACGCAGCACGUAUGCCCAGACUCAGAAAUGUGCAGAAACUCUCGUGUUGUUGGGGCAGACCGAAAGAGCCGUACAAUUGUUGUUGGAGUCGGAAGCAGAUAACGACGGAUUUUACAUCGAUUGGUUGAGAGCAUGUCUGAUAGCAACAAUACAGUCUUCGGGAGCAUCGCAGUCCGUCAUUAAACUGGUGGCCACAAAUCUUAUCGCCAGCGGUAGAAUAUCCGAGGGAGUUCAACUUCUAUGUCUUAUCGACAAGGCACUGGAUGCCUGCAGAUACUUACAAAGUGCAGGACACUGGGACCAAGCCGUCUGGUUGGCUAAGGCAUCUCUGAAUCAGCAAGAGUGUUUAGAAGUACUAAAACGAUGGAUCGAUCACUUAUGUACUCCACAAGUAAAUCAAAGGGGCAAGGCAGUCACGGUUCUGAUUUCUCUCGGCCAAUUUUGGAAGGCAAUCGAGAUGCUUCACUCAUUGAAGAUGACAGAACGUGCCGCAAUGCUGCUACAGGCCUGUCGGGAGUUUGGGAUAGUGACGAAGAACGAAACGACUUCCUCGACGAUAGAUGCCGUAAUGCUGGACUACGCCAGAUACCUGCUGUCGAUUGGCAACCAUUUUGCCGCAUCCCACUUUUGCACGGUUGCGGGCGAAGUGGGGCAAGACCUGAAAAGAGAGAUCGAAAUACUGUCGGAAGACACUUGAACGCUUUCGCACUACGUAUACGAAAAUUUCUCCAUCGGUUACGGGAAGAACGUAACGAUUACGUGCACCAAAAUUAUGAAUAUCCGCAAUAUAAAUGUAUAUAUGUUGUUACACGAGCACGAUAGGGAUCGUGUUUUUAAGUUAUGCACGGAAGGGAACAAGCAGAAUCUUGACUCAAUUUUAAUAAACGGGAUACAAAUUUGUAUAUAAUC